AUGUUGAGAAAAUUGCUGAGCAAAUCUGGUCGUAGACUCCUCAGGGCAAUCAAGAAAUUGUCGACGAGAAGUCACAAGGCGAAAAAGUCAGGAAACUUGACCUCUUGGCACUCGGCCAUACCGGAGUUGGAGACGGCGUCUCUCUCGUGGUCCUUGCCGUCUCUGGACGCGAAAAGCAUCGACACGUAUACGACCUACGUGGCGGAGAAUUCGGAGGAUUGCAUCUCGAUGUGUUGCUACUGCGACGAGUACGAGGAGAACCAGCGGAACGAGAACAUAGAGAACGAGAUGAUGAUCUAACGAGGCAGGCGACGUCACGAUCUCCGCUUUACAA